AUGAAAGGAAGGAGAAUCUAUGAAAUCCUCCAGCACCUCCUCCUCCUCCUCCUCCUCGUCUUCACCGUCCCCCCCAGGCCAGGGGAGUGUCUGGUGGGGGUGCAGGAGGGCCCUCAAUUCAUAGUGGAGCCCCCUUCCACUCUCUCCUUCCUGAACACCACCGGGGCGGCCCUGCAUUGCUCCGCCCAUGGGAACCCGCCACCCACGGUGUCAUGGGUUGUGGGUGAAUCAGGGCUCCAAGCUGCGGGGACGGUGGUGGGAGUACGCGAGGCUCUUCAUAAUGGAACUCUGCUUUUCCUGCCGUUCAGUCCUCGCGCUUACAGACAGGAUGUUCACGCCUCUGCUUACCGCUGUCUUGCCUCUAACAGUGUUGGCAGGAUUGUGUCGAGAACUGUGACCGUCAGAGCGGUGGUCCGCCAGCAGUAUGAGGUACAAGUUUACGAUGAGUACGUAAUUAGCGGAAACACGGCAGUUCUCAGGUGUCGUAUUCCUACCUACGUUCAGGAGUACGUGAAGGUCGUGGCGUGGGUACAAGACGACACCUACGUGAUUCAACCAGGACUGGAGAGUGGUGGCAAGUACAUGAUUCUCCACGAUGGUUCUCUUCAUAUAUACCGCGCCGACCCUUCAGACGGCUAUCCUUCUUACCGCUGCCGCACCAACCACACACUUACCGCCGUGCUUUCCCAGUCCUCCGCCGGCCGCGUCAUGGUUACUGAGCCUCACGGUAAUGUGGCGCCCCGUCUCAGCGUGGACAAAAGAGUGACAGUUGAGGUGCGUGCGGGACAGUGGGCGGUUCUUCCCUGUGCCGCCCAGAGCCACCCCACGCCCACCUACAAGUGGGUCCCUGGGGAGAGCGUGAUGGCGGGCGUGGUGGGCGGGUCUUCACGGUAUAGUCAAGUGGGCGGGCUGCUGGUCAUCACGGGCGUGGGCGUGGCGGACCAGGGGCGGUACAUGUGCUUCGUAAAUAACAGUGUGGGCCAUGAGACUGUGGAGGCGACCUUGCGUGUGACGGAGCCCCUUAGCGUGCACGUGUCGCCUCGCCGUCUGGUGGUGGACAUGGGCAAGACGGCAGAGUUACGGUGUGUGGUGCAGGGACAUCCCAUCACCUCUCUCACCUGGCUAAGGAAUGGGAAAGCCUUGCCGCCAGAUGGAAGGUUCGUGACAUCACCGCGCGAGGUUCUGCGGAUCAGCAAGGUCGGCAAGGAGGACCGCGCCAUGUACCAGUGUGUCGUGUCAGCGCGCCAUGAAAACGUGCAGGCCGCGGCUCAUCUGGCCCUCGGCGACUCGUCCCCGGAGCUUCACUACAAGUUCCAGGAGCAGACACUACAGCCAGGGCCUUCUGUCAGCCUCAAGUGUGUGGCCACUGGGAACCCUCCGCCGCAGUUCAAGUGGACGCUGGACGGCUUCCCCCUGCCAGAGAACGAGAGGUUCCUGGUGGGUCAGUACGUCACGGUUCACGAUGAUGUCAUAUCCCACGUGAACAUCACCAACGUGCGGGUGGAGGAUGGGGGGGAGUACACCUGUGCCGCCUCAAACACUGUGGGGGAAGUCAGCCACUCUGCAAAGGUUAAUGUGUAUGGCCUGCCCUUCAUCCGGCCCAUGCGCAGGGUGUCGGCAGUGGCUGGGUCAGGUCUCCGGGUGAAGUGUCCCGUGGCAGGCUACCCCAUUGACAAGAUUACCUGGGAGAAGGAUGGCCGGGUGCUUCCUACGGACAUCCGGCAGCGAGUCUUUGACAAUGGAACGCUUGUGGUGAGCCAGACACACCGAGACACUGACGGGGGACGCUACACUUGCCGGGCGGUGAACAGGCACGGUCACUCCUCCUCCAGGGAUGUCACUGUCACUGUUACAGUGCCUCCCAAGAUCAUGCCAUUCUCUUUUGCCAAUAACAUCUUGAGUGAAGGUAACAGAGCCUCUCUCACCUGUCAAAUUCUGGAGGGGGACCUGCCCGUUAACUUCAGGUGGGAGAAGGACGGUGGCACAGUUCCCAUUUAUGACGGCAUCACCACUCGCCUCUUGGACGACUACCAGACCCAGCUUGUCAUUGACCGCAUCUCCUCACGCCACAACGGAGAGUACACCUGCGUCGCCUCCAAUGCCGCUGCCGAGAGACACUACACCACACGCCUCACUGUUAAUGUGCCGCCACAUUGGGUAACAGAACCCCAGGACAGUGGGGCGGCGCAGGGGAGCACGGUGACACUCAACUGCCAGGCGGAUGGCUACCCGACACCGACUGUCACCUGGAAGAAGGCAAUCACUGACGAUGAGGGGAGCAGCCUGAUGGUGGGCAGUGGUGGUGGUGGCAGCGGUGUGGGUCGGCGGAGGGGCGGGUACCAGGAGCUGCACUAUGGGGCCCACGUGGAGGUGUUUGACAAUGGGUCGGUGGUGUUCCGUAACGUUCAGAAGGCCAUGGAGGGGAAGUACUUGUGUCAGGCCAGGAAUGGUAUUGGUGCAGGCCUCAGCAAGGUGGUCUAUCUCACUGUCAAUGCCCCCGCACACUUCCCGGAGAAGAUGGGCCGUGUGGUGGUGCGCCUGGGCCAGACUGCUGUGUUGCGCUGCCCGGCAAGGGGAGACCGGCCCAUCGACAUACUCUGGUCCGUAGAUGGCAGACGGCUCGACCCACAUGCAGAUCCAAGAGUGGAGGUAAGAGAAGAAACGAGUGACGAGGGGUUUGCGUCCAAGCUGACCCUAACCUCGGCAGCCAGGUCCCACUCAGCCACCUACACCUGCCAUGCCGCCAACGCCUUCGGGAGGGACACCAGGAACAUUGAACUCAUCGUGCAGGAGGAACCAGAACAGCCCAAAAACCUGCGGGUGGUGGAGACUCACAGCCGGCGGGUGAAGCUGUCCUGGAUGGCACCCUACAGCGGCAAUGCUCCCAUUCAAAACUACCUCAUCCAGUACAAGUUGGCCUCAGAGCCAUGGCCGGGUGUACCAGAGCGGCUGAGUGUCCCGGGUGACCAGACAGAGGGAGUCAUCCACGAACUGACACCCGCCACUGCUUACCACUUGCGGGUGACAGCACAGAACACCCUUGGGCUCGGGACACCCUCUGAGGUCAUACAAGCUGCCACGGAUGAGGAAGAGCCAUCGGGACCCCCUCUGGAUGUCCGAGUGACCCCAGAGUCGUCCACCUCGCUGCGGGUGACCUGGGAACCCCCCGCGCGUGACUUGUGGAACGGGAACAUUCUAGGGUACUAUGUUGGUUACCGCACCCACGCACUCGCCUCAGAUUACAACUUCCAGACUGUUGAGGUUGGGUCAGCGUACGGGGGCAGCUCCACACUGACGGGGCUGCAGCAGUACACCCGCUAUGAGGUGGUGGUGCAGGCCUUCAACAACAGGGGGGCCGGUCCGCUCUCCCCUCCUGUCAUUGCUACUACUGAGGAGGAUGUGCCGAGCCUUCCACCAGAGACAAUCCGUUGCGAGGCCACAUCACCCCAGAGCAUCUCGGUGGCGUGGCGUCCCCCUCCUCUCCGCGGCCAGAAUGGACUUAUUAAGGGCUAUCGGAUCCUUUAUACUCCAGCAUCGGAUUACUCAGUCUGGAUGGACGGAGUGGUCCCAGGGGAGUGGAAGAAAGCGGUGGUUUUGCCGCUGUAUAAGAGCAAAGAUGAGGAGCUCCAGGGUGAGACAGCAGCAGAGAGUACCAAUAUAUUCAACCUUGAGAAGUACACCAACUAUAGCAUCAGUGUUCUUGCCUACACCAGCGCUGGCGACGGUGUUCCCUCCGCUCCUGUCUUCUGCCGCACUCUGCAAGAUGUGCCAGAGAGUCCAGCAGGCAUCAAGGCAGUGGUCAGCUCCCCCACCACCAUCUUAGUGGCCUGGCUUGCUCCUGCUAAGGCUAAUGGAGUCCUCACUAAACACACACUCUAUAUGGCCAUCACUGCUGACCAGAACAGGAGAGAGCUGCCGGCCCGCACCCUUGGCCCCGGGGAGACAUCCUACAUGGCAGAGGGUGUCAGCAGCAGGGAGACCUAUGAAUUUUGGGUGUCCGCCUCCACACAGCGAGGGGAAGGACCGCCCACAGAGAGCAUCCUUGUGAAGCCAACUACUAAGGUGCCAGCCCAGAUAGCUUCCUUUGGUGGCCCUCUGGAGGUGGCAUGGAAGGAGGACGUCAGGCUGCAGUGCCACUCUGUCGGGGAACCACCUCCUGACAUCACCUGGAGGCUCAAUGGCAAGAAAAUCGUCACCUCGGAUCGAAUUCAGGUACGUCCAAAUGGCUCACUGCUCAUCCGUGACGUGCAGAAAACGGACGCAGGGAAUCUGACAUGUUCCGCAACAAACACACAUGGAAAAAGCUCCAUCUCUUACCUUCUGACUGUGCAGGUGCCUCCCGCCCCGCCCACCCUCUACGUCCAAGGCAGCUCUAGGGACGCCCUCACCCUGCGCUGGAGUCUGAAGCCACACCACGCGCCAGUCCGGGGAUACAUCAUGAACUACAAGAGGGAAUAUGGCAACUGGGAAGAGGUUGAGUUACACACGGCGCGCACCACACACACGCUGUCCGGCCUGGUGUGUGGCUCGCGGUACCAGCUGUACGUCACCGCCUACAACAAGGUGGGCACUGGUCUGCCCUCUGAAAUACUCACCACCUCCACCAAGGGAUCAGAACCAGUCGUCCCAAGUCGGUCCAGGUUACUUGAUGUUAACUCCACUUCUAUCUUGGUCCAUCUCAGCACUUGGGGUGACGGAGGCUGCCCCAUCCUGUACUAUGUCAUUGAGUACAGGCCAGCUUCUUCCAGGGAGUGGAUAUCGGUGGCCAACAAUGUGGCAGCCAAUGAGAAGACCUACGUGAUCCGUGACCUCACCCCGGCGACACGAUACUCUGUGAGGGUGACGGCACACAACCACGCUGGCUCCAGUGUUGCCACCUAUGACGUGUCCACCCUCACUCUGGAAGGAGUUCUGCUGACACGGGAGGAGAGUGACCCUGGGGGCGCCACGUCACCACCGCUGUACCAGGACCUGCGUGUGGUGAUCCCGGCGGCGGUGGUGGUGGUCAUCGUCAUUGAGGUGGUGAUGGCGGUGGUCUGCGUCUUCAGGCGGAGAAAGAUGCGAGAGAGGAAUGGCUCGGAGGGCAUAGCAGAGUCACCGUCGACCGCGCAGAUACAGAACCAGCAGAACCAGCACCAGCAGUACUCCGCCCUGCCCCCCACCACCCCCUCCACCCAGGACACCGCCACCAACAAGGAGUCCUCAGGCAAUGGAACGGUGGAUGACUACAUCGAGGACAUCUGCCCCUACGCCACCUUCCAGCUGCCUGCCGUGCCCAAGAGUCACUACGGCGAGAGCACAGAUUCCGGCAUUGUCUACUCUGGCCCCUACCACUCAGUCCAGGGUGCCUUUGUCUAUCACGACCCUAAACGCACCACGCUGGAGACCUUCCCUCUCAGACAUCAGAAGGAGCCAGAAUACACCAAGGUGCGGAGAAAAGGUAGACGAGACCCGCAUGUUGAGAGUACAGAGUCAGACAACUUAGGAAGCACCGACUCUGAAGUGAAGAAGAUCCUGUCACUACACAUGCCAAUUAGCGAAUAUGACACCCUGGGCAGCGACUCGGAGGGUCCCGGCACCAGAGACUCCCCGCCCACCUUCGCAGAGUCCGCCGGCCUUGCCCACGCCCACAUCCACCCACACCCGGCCCACAGCGGUCGGUCCAGGCCAGAGUCAGCUGUUAGUCAGCUCAGAAGCAGUACCGAUAUAUUCAAGCAUCGUGUCAGGAGUAGACAGCAAGAGCCGUGCAAGUCCCAGGAGAACAGCAGCAGCUCUACAGAUACCUCCAGCUCUGGCCGCCGUGCACAUCCUCGUCGGGGGAAGAAAUCCACCAAGAGACAGAGCAGGGCCACUCCGCGCUCUGGCUUUGAGGAGACUUCGUUUAGAGCGCCGCCACCUCCUCCCCCACGCGGGUUUUCAGAUUCACGGAAGGAGUAUAGUGAAACAGAAUGUGACAGGAGUGGGAAGAGGACGAGCGCCAGUACCAUCUCCUCCUCCUCCUCCUCCUCCAAGUCUCACCACCUGCAGCAGAAGUACUAUAAAGGUGCCCGCCCAAGGGAGUCAGGAUACCAAAUUGAUGUCUAGUGAAGCGACGGAGGCACAGGCUAAUCGGCGCAUCUUAGGUGAAUAGAGCCGGGAUUGCGUGUUGGGGUUCACUGUUUUACCUGGCUACAUUUACAAGUUACACUGUUUGUUUGUGAGAUUUCAUGUUUUUUGGGUUUGUUUUAUUUGAUUUUGUCGAUUUGAUUGUUCAGUUUGUUGUUUUUUUUUUUUCUAUCUCUUUUUUUCAGUUUCUUUAAAAUCUACAGGUCAUACGUGUGUUUCAUCCUUGUGUUCCUGUUUUUCAGCUUUCUACUUCAAAAUUUAUCAAUACCUAUCUAUUUUAACAUUAUUUUUUCAUUCUACACACACACACACCCACACACACACACACAGUUCCCUAACCAAGCAAUCUCUCACAUUCCUCCAAGAAAAGAUAAGAAAAAGAUAUUAAAACCACACUUAACCAGAAACGAGGGAGAGAAAGCACUGUAUUGGGAUCUGGUGUGUGUGCUUGAGUGAGUACGUGCGUGUACAGACCCCCCAAGGCACCCGUGGACUCGAUAUUUGGUGAAGUGCCGAGUUAGAUGUGCGCCGAAUUAGCCUGUCUGCCGCCCAGUGACGAGGGUAACUUUACGUGGGUUCGAAUGAGGGAACAGUGAUCUGGUGGAGACAGAGAGCGAUAGAGACGCAAACCCAAUGGAAGAAUAAAUUAAAGUGAUGCCAAACCGAAUUAUUACCAGAAAACAAAUGCUGAGAGGGAGAUUAAUGUGGAAAUAUGUUAGUGUGCGUGUGGGAGCCUCGGCCACGCACGCAAAGGGAGAGAAAUUAUAAACAGAGAUAUUAUUUUUUAUUCUCGGGAACUGGUGACGAUUGCCAGUCCUUAGGGGGUCUAGAGGCGCUGGUCUGUACUGUGCUGGGCUAGACAGGCUGUGGCUAAAUGUAUCAGUCACUCCAGCCAGUCAGUCAAUCAGUCAGUCAGCCAGUCAGUCCUCUCACCCAAGUCCGAAUUUCUGAAUGCAAGAUGUGCUGCCCUGAGUGUUGUGCGUGAGUGGCAGACACCCCAGGUCACCCCAGGACACCCCAGGAACCCCACCCCACCACUCCACCACUCAGCUCACCCCACCAAUCCCACCAGACAAAUUAAUUGGCAUAUUUUAACCCAUAUUCUGAUUCAGUCACCACAGCAGUUGAGGUGUUACAAGUGGAUUGACUCACUCCACACCCUCACCCACACCCCAAUGACUUCCCCAGGGGGUGUACGAGUCCCCAUGAGCCCCCUGUCCUCCCCCACAGCGCCCCCUACACAGCGGGAGGCCCCUUGUAGCCAUAGCAACGCCGCAGACCAUAUACGCAAACCACCGCAUCAGCUUUAACAGAUCAUAUUAACAGUCACACAGCAAGCAGUCAGUCAGUCAGUCACUCCAGUCAGUGUCACAUCCCCCCUCCCCCAGCCAGCUCCCCCAGGACACCCAGAUCCACCACCGCCAAGCUUCCGGCCGAGUCACCCAGCCCUUGCAAUGAAGAAGCAUCGUUGUGUUAGAAUUCCUGUUACCAUUUCGGCUCUCUCUCCUUCGGCCACUUCUGCAGGAGAGGAGUGGAAGUUCGUCUUUUUUACUGGUUCUGUGAGUCUUGGGAACUGUAGAAGGGAACGAGGAUGAACCAGGAAUGUUUCAACUAGUGGAUGGAUGUGAGAGGAGAACCGUAGCGAAGAAAAAAUCUGUUUGGUUCUGAAGAAAGGAAAUGCAUGGAGCAGGAAUGUCUGAACUUGUAGAUGGAUAGAUAAGCAAUAUUUACGAGAAUUAGCAGAACUGUGGCGAAGAAUGGUGUUGGUUCUACAAGUUUACGGAACCGAGGAAGGGAAUGUGCGAACCAGGCAUUUCUCAACUUGUGUUUACGAAAAUUGGAACCGUAACGAGGAAUUGUUUGGUUCGCAAGAAGAAGAGAAUGAGUGAACCAGGAAUAUUUGAAGAACCAGAGUAGUGGAGAAAUAAACCAGCAUAGUUUUGGAGUAAGGGAAAGAAGAACCAGCAGCUUUUGGUUCUGCAAGUAUUGUAGAACCGCAGAAGUUAAUUGAAUGCAUUAUCUUGUUGGAAACGAGAGUAGAAGAGGAAUGAACCGCCAAUAUUUGAAGACCCAACGAGGAACGGAGAACCAGACGAACGGAAAACAAAACAAGAACAUUUCGGAGAACCACAAACGAAAAAAAAAAGAAACUAGAAAAUUUUUAAGAACCACAAACAUUAGGAAAAACUACCAUUCGCUUAAAAUUUAGAAAACGAAAAAAAAGAAAUUAUUAAAAGUUAAGAGUUAUAAUACCAUGGUGCUUCUGGUUCAGAGGGACAGCGAACCAGCGAACCAGUGAACCAGCUCUCGUGUGUCAUGGCUGGGUGUCUGCUGGCCUAGAUAGAUUGUGUGUGCGUGUGCGUGUGCGUGUGUGCGUGUCUAGAUACAAGCCUCAGGUAGUAUGCUAUAUAGAUAAUGAUGUUUCACCUUCACUCCUCAAGCGGUAUUUCCUGAUUUAGUGUGUGUGCGUGUGCGUGCGUGAGUGUGUGUGUGUUUGUAUAUCCACAUGUGUACUGACUGACCUAUGUGUGUGUAUGACAGAUAUAUUAAAAAAAGACAGUUUCUCCACGUAUGUAUGUAUGUAUAUAUGUAUGAAUGAAGCCUGAACAAAAAAAAAACGAUAAAAAAAUCUUGCAUUGUAUCACGUCUGUAUGUGGAUGUAUGCCCGUCAGUCUGUCAGUAUGUACGUGUGUGUGUACGUUAGUGUGUGUGUGCGUGUGUGAGGGUGUACAGUACCGACCAGAAUGAUGUAGAAUGCAAUGUGAUAUUACCAAUUAACAUUACUAUCAUUGUACUAAAUCGCCACUUUCUUGUAGUUGAGACAAAACAGAGGUGUUCCCCAGGGUGGGCAGCGGGCGACCCCAACACAGUGUUUGGUGUUGUAGUGUUCACGUCAAGCUUGGUGUAGACCGACUGGCAGCAGCGGUAGCAGGAGAGAGAGAGAGGCAGGGAGAGGGAGACAGAGAGGUGCUGCACGGGUAGAGAGAUAGAGAAAGAGAGAGAGAGAAUGUGUGUCUGAGAAUGUGUUUAUUUGUUAGUGUGGAAGGAAAGGAAUGGUUGCAGAGAGAGAGAGAGAGAGAGAGAGAGAAGCGAAGGAAGAAGUUUUGUUGCAAGAGUAGAGACAGAAAAAAAAACGUACAUAUAAAAUAAUGACAAUAAACGAAACGAAAUAAAAAUAUAUGAUAAACUAAAAGACACAUUUUUCCAUAUACGUUGAGAGAAAUAGGGUCAACUGAUUUAUUUAUUUAUUGAGUCAUUUAUUCUUUAGUGGUGAGAAGAGAUGAGUAACUGGUGUGAUUUGGUGACGCUUAAGAGAGAGAGAGAGAGAGUGUGUAUUCGUUUCAAUGUGCUAAAGAAAUGGUGACUUUUUGACUGCUGAAGAGAAAUAAGAUAGAAAAUUAUUACUCUUGGAUAUAGUGAGGAAGAGAACCUGUGUGUGUGUGUGUGUGUGUGUGUGUGUGUUGCCCGUGUCAGCAGAAAUGUUUUUAUGUGUUUACGUAUUAUUCAUUGGCAGGAAUUAAUGAGGUCAGGUCAAGUUAGGUCAGACUCCCAGGUCAGUCAAGGCCAGUCCACGUCCAUAGCCAGUCAGUCAGUCAGUCAGUCAGUCAGUCAAGUGUGUGAGAAAUAAUGGAAUAUCUUCAAACUUCUUGCCUACUUUCUAUAUCCUACUCUUUAUCUGGUUUCUCUGUCUCCUCCUCCUCCUCCUCCUCCUCCUCCUCCAACUUUCUUUCUCUUCACAUUCCUUCCUCUUGUGUCUAUUUUUUCUCUUCCUUCAUUCCUUCCUUCCUUCCUUUCUUUUUCUUCCUUCCUUUGUAACAUGCCAGGAAGAAAGCACAAAGUAUUAUUAUUAUUACUAUUACUAUUAUUAUUAUUAUUAUUAUUAUUAUUAUUAUUAUUAUUAUUAUUAUUAUUAUUAUUAUUGAUGCUGUUUAUGGUUGUGAGUCCAAAUGUUUGUCUGUUUCUCCGUUUUUUGUUUGUUAUUACUGAAGAAAAUGUGGUUUGGAGGUUGUCUCAAAGAAACACACACACACACACACACACACACAGAAAAA